CCGUGCUGUUGGAACGUCUGGAAAAGAACAUCUAGCUGCUUUGGCAAAAAUUGAGGCUUUCUGUGAAGAGAAAUAUAUGGAAGAAAAUCAAUCUACUGAAGAUAUUAGUAAAAACGAACAUACUACAAUCAACAUGGAUGAGAAAGAGUCAGAGACAUCUAAUGUGGCAUUAACAGAUGUCUUCUUAAACACCACCAAUCCAGAUGGAUAUUCUUUGCCCGCUGAUAAAACUGUGGAAGACCUUUCUGAAGAUCAACUGCUUUCAAGUGAUACCAAACCAUCAGAUAUGUUGGCAGAUAACACCUUUGAUAAAGACCAAUUUGAAGAAGAACUACCUAUCUCUACCUUAGAAUCAGACAAAGACACUUGUACUCUGCAGGAAGAACCUGAUGAAUCAUUAAUGGAUACCACAGCGCCUCCAGAACAGUCAUCUUCGUCAGCGGAGACAAAUACUAAAGAAGAAAAGAGUGAAAUGUCCUCAUCAACAGAGAAUGACACAAAAGAAGAAAAUAAUGAAGAAAAGUCCUCGUCAGCCAGUGUGAAAAGCACAACUCCAUCUCAAAAAUGUAAUGAACUGAAAGGAGAUAAGGUGGCCAAAACAGCUCUUUCGGACAAUUUACCUUCAACACCGAGUGUUCCACAUAAAGUUCCAUUUGCAUUAAAAGACACAGUCAGUAUGGACACUUCCACCACUCAACAGGGUGAAGAAAAUGAAUCACUGAUUGUACAUGUUGAUGAUACACAGAAUGAUUUAGAUGCUGAUCUUGUGGCAUCAAAGGACAAAGUGCGUGGCAAAACUGAAGCGAAGAAAACAGAUGGAAGCAAAGUUGAAGAAAGGGCUAAAGGUAAAACAGAAGGAGGGCAAACUGAGAAGAAGGCUGAUGAAAAGAAAGAUGAUAAAGAUGUAAAGUCGAAGAGUUCUUCAGCUUCUAAACCCAAAGUUAUCAAGAAUAUGAGAAGCAAUGACCAAAGUAAUCGAAAUCUGUGGGUCAGUGGUCUUGCCACAAGUACCCGUGCUACAGACCUUAAAGUGCUUUUUACCAAAUAUGGCAAGGUUGUUGGUGCCAAAGUAGUGACAAAUGCACGAAGCCCUGGUGCUCGAUGUUAUGGUUUUGUAACUAUGUCUUCUUCACAUGAAGCUUCUAAAUGUAUUCAACAUUUUAAUCAGACUGAACUGCAUGGCCGUAUGAUAUCAGUUGAAAGGGCUAAAAGAGAACCUACAACUCAGGCUAAAGCACCAGAAACCAAAACAGGAGAAAAGAAAGUAGAAAAGCCUGAAGUGAAGAAAGAUGAAAAAAAAGAUGGUGAUAAGAAAGUUGAGAAGAGAGAAUCAAAGAAAGAUGAUAAAAGCAGGAGAACGUCCAGCAGAAGAGAUGACAAAAGACAUACGAGCAGGAGCAGCAGAAGUCGUCACAAAAGCUCAGAUAAAUCUCAUGCAACUACACCAAGUAAGAGUACAGCUGAACCAGCUGCAAAAGAAGGCUCUGAGAAAAGUGCAGAGCCUGCGGCAGCAGCAGGAGCCAAGGAGAAAGCUCUCAGUACAACAAAGCCUAAACCACGAGGGCCUGGUGACCCUGCUUCCAAGAAAGAUAUUUUAUCAUUUGAUCAAAUAAAAAAGGAAAGAGAGCGACAGCGUUUACGUCAGAGACAAAGGAAUCGUAGGGAACAGGAGAGGCGUCGGUUGAAAAAACUUGAUAUGGCUCGGAUGCUUCAACAGAAUGUAGAACGAGAACAGAAGGAGGAGGUGAAAAGAUUGGGCAAAGUCAGAGAGCAGAUAAGGUUAGAGAAAAUGAAAUUGGAAAAAAUGAAACUGGAAAAAGAGAAGCUAUUAAGAUACAGAAUGGAAAAAGAACUUCUUGAAAUAGAAAGACGUAAUGUAGAAAUGCGUUCUGCUGAGAUGUUGCGGUUAGAGAGAAUGAAGCUGGAGAAAGAGAAAUUAUUAAGAUACAGGAUGGAAAAAGAACUUUUUGAAAUGGAAAGGCGCGACGUAGAGAUGCAGUCUGCUGACAUGUUGCGGUUUGAUGAUAUGAGACAUCCUUCAAAAAGACCCCAUGAUCGAAGUAGCCUACGUGAUGAUGACCUCUGGGAUGAACGUAAACGGUCCAGGAUGAGUAGUUCUGGUAACCCCUCUAGAUUUGAACUUCCUUUCCAGAAUGAAUCGCGGAUGCCUUUUGAGUUAAGAAGAGAUAUGGGACCAAGUGGGGAUCCUGAUAGGAGAUAUGUUGGUCCUGAUCGAGGACGUGAUCACGACCGACGAAAUAUAUCAGCUCAUGAUAGAUUGGGAAGGGUGAGAAAUUCUUUUGGUGGUGGACCUGACCAGAGACCUCCUUGGGGUUCUGGCAGUGUAGAUAGGAAAAUGGACAACUGGUCUCACAUGCAUGGAGACAUGGACCAACCGAAUGAACAAUGGUUUGGUAACCCCAUGGACAAAACGGGGCGUGAUGCCAGUGGGGCAUUUGUUGACAAUAGUAGACCUGGUAACAGUGGUGGGGUGGGGCAGAACUUGGGACCUAGUAACAUGUUUGGCAAUUCUCAGUCACGUAGUGGGAUCAUGAUGGUUACACACGAGGGUGGUAGUGGUGGUGGUAUAUGAGUGGAUGUAUGCAAGAGCUUAGCUUUGACGUUUACAACAUUAUGGGGUCUAUGUGAAACCCGAACUGAGGAUUAAGGUAUGAGAGUCAUGUUGAGGUAUUUGAUUUUGGAGUGGCAGAUGGAAUCUGAUAGAUAAUAAAAUCCUGCCCUACAACUGUAUAUCUUCCACAUCCUGCAUUCCAUUUGUCACUUAGUGUUUGGUUCUUGGACAUUCAAUCAUAUUUUUCUCCUUCUAUACUUUCACGCGCACAGCCACACACACACACAUACAUACUGCCGUCUCCCUAUCUUCACUCUACUCCCUCUAACAUUACUGUCUUAAUAUAUUUAUUUCCUUCAUAUUUGUUGCUAUAUUUUAUUAGUUAUUAUUGACACACAUACAGUUCCCACAGUUGAUAUAUUUUAAUAAAAGAGGAGGGGGUGGAGCCCAGAUUGGCUGUAUUUACUAAAGAGGGGAAGAGCAAUCACAGAAUGUAAUAAAGAAGUGAGACCACAUAGAAUGUAAUAUAUGGAGAAAUAAAUUUUAUUCACUGUAAACCACUC